UUCGCGUUACAACCUAAGAUGGCGGCCGGGCGAAGGGACGGAAGGUUGCCGUGCUGAGGUGAGGGGUGUCUCGCCGGGCGCCUCCGGCCCCGUAGGGCUCCUCUUCCCCGGGGGGGCCGCCCUCGCCCAUCCCCUGCCCCGGGCCGAGCUGGGGGCGCGGAGGAGCAGCCGGUCCAUGGCCAGGAGGUGGCCGGUGCGGUCGCCGCGGGCCCCGUCGCCAUGGACCUGCGCACGGCUGUGUACAACGCGGCCCGCGAUGGGAAGCUGAAGCUGCUGCAGAAGCUGCUGGGCAGCCGGAGCCGGGAGGAACUGGAGGCGCUGACGGCAGGGCCCGGCGGGGGUGACGGCCCCGGGGGAGGGAGUACCCCGCUGCUGAUCGCCGCCCGGCACGGGCACCUGGAGGUGGUGGAGUAUCUGCUGGAUCACUGCGGUGCCCGCGUGGAGGAGGGGGGCUCAGUCAACUUCGAUGGGGAGACCAUCGAGGGUGCCCCACCGCUCUGGGCGGCAUCUGCCGCCGGGCACCUGGGGGUGGUGCGCAGCCUCCUGGAUCACGGCGCGUCGGUGAACCAGACCACGCUGACCAACUCCACGCCGCUGCGGGCUGCUUGCUUUGAUGGGCACCUGGAGAUCGUGCGCUACUUAGUCGGGGAGCGUGGGGCUGACCUGGAAGUAGCCAACCGGCACGGACACACUUGUUUGAUGAUUUCUUGCUACAAAGGGCACCGGGAGAUUGCACGUUACUUGCUAGAGAAAGGGGCCGAUGUCAACCGCCGGAGCGUGAAGGGGAACACGGCCCUGCAUGACUGCGCUGAGUCCGGCAGCCUGGAGAUCCUGCAGCUACUGCUCCGCUCCAAAGCCCGCAUGGAGAAAGACGGCUAUGGCAUGACUCCUCUGCUAGCUGCCAGUGUCACCGGUCACACCAACAUUGUGGAGUACCUCAUCCAAGGAGGGCUGCAGCAGGAGGAGGAGGAGGUUGCAGGGAACCAAAAUGGGACCUGUGCAUCAGGUGGGAGCCAUCAGAGGUGCUGCAGCGCUGGCAAGGAAGCUCCUCAGGGCUGCAAUGAAGAGGGGUGUGAGAGAUGUUGUGCCUCGGCUUCCAGUCAGGAUGAGCAGCAGGUCCCUAAUGUGUUCUGCAGUCGAGAGGCUGCUGUGGAAGCACUGGAGUUGCUGGGUGCUACGUUUGUGGAUAAGAAACGUGACCUUUUGGGAGCCCACAAGUACUGGCGAAGGGCGAUGGAGCUUCGGUGUGAGGGCGGGCAAUACCUGCCUAAACCUGAGCCCCGGCAGCUGGUCUUGGCCUACGACUAUUCCCGGGAAGUGAGUUCGCUGGAGGAACUGGAAGCCUUGAUUACUGAUCCAGAUGAGAUGCGCAUGCAGGCACUGCUGAUUAGAGAGCGCAUCUUGGGUCCUUCCCACCCAGACACUUCAUAUUACAUCCGUUACCGAGGAGCAGUCUAUGCUGACUCCGGCAACUUCGAACGCUGCAUUAACCUGUGGAAGUAUGCUCUGGACAUGCAGCAAGGCAACCUGGAGCCUCUCAGCCCGAUGACUGCCAGCAGUUUCCUUUCCUUUGCCGAGCUUUUCUCUUACGUGCUUCAGGACCGCUCCAAAGGCACUUUAGCUACCCACUUGGGCUUCUCUGACCUCAUGGGAGUACUGAGCAAAGGGGUCCGGGAGGUGGAGAGGGCUCUUGUGCAUGGCAAGGACCCUGUAGUUGACUCAGCGCAGUUCACCAAGACACUGGCCAUUAUCCUCCACCUGGUCUUCUUGCUGGAGAAGGUGGAGUGCACCCCGGAGCAGGAACACCAGAAGCGCCAGACUAUCUACCGCCUGCUGAAGUGCAGCCCCCGGGCCAAGAAUGGCUUCACUCCUUUGCAUAUGGCUGUGGACAAAGACACCACAACAGUGGGACGUUAUCCCGUGGGCAAGUUCCCGUCGCUCCACGUUGUGAACUUGCUUCUGGAGUGUGGGGCUGACCCAGAUAGCCGUGACUAUGACAACAACACCCCGCUGCAUGUCGCUGCCCGCAACAACUGCCCGCUGAUCAUGAGUGCCCUGAUGGAGGCUGGAGCCCAUAUGGACGCCACUAAUGCCUUCAAGCAGACUGCUUAUGAGCUGCUGGAUGAGAAGCUGCUCACCAAGAGCAUGAUGCAGCCCUUCAAUUACAUCACCCUCCAGUGCCUUGCUGCUCGCGCCCUGGACAAGCACAAGAUUCCCUACAAGGGUUUCAUCCCUGAGGAGCUGGAAGCCUUCAUUGAACUGCACUAGGGUGGGAGAGCUGAAGUCCCCAGCCUUUGCCGUCACCUGUUCCACCCCGCAGAGGUACCAGAUAUCUCCAGUGCACUGUAUCCAGAGAAGGCCGCAGCCCCUGCCCUUUCCCAUGUGAACUGUCUUGUCCUGAGAAGGAAGGAAAAUGGAGAUUCCCUGGGACCUGCUGCCUCUCCCAUUAGUGCUGGAUUAACUCAGCGUUAAGCUUUGGAGCAGCUAAACAUCACACAUGUGCUCUAGCCCUUCCCAUCCCAAAUACUGAACAGAUAGGAAUGCAAGUGAGGAAUAAAAUAUCUUCCAACUAAUUCUUUCCCCACCCCCUUCUCAGAUUUGGUACAGUACGAGUCUAACAGCCGACUGGCUUGUGCUCUGCUGAGGUAGUUGCCUUGCGUGGCAGUAGGGCUGGGUAUGCUGAGGAUGGUUUUUUUUCUCCCUUGGUUGGCCAAGUAGCAAGUAGUGUUAAAGGCCUGAGAUUUCAAUGAUUGUGCAUAAAGCUGGGUUAUUUUUUCUCUUUUAGAGCCAGGCCCUAUCUAUGCUGCAAGACUUCUUCAAUCCUGUAAGAUAUAGUAAGGUCAGUUCUGGUUAUAUAGUUUCAUCAACAGAUGUUGGUUUUUAUGAAUGGGGAGGAAAAACUGCUACCUUAAAAACGAAACACUAAUGUGGCGUUCAGGCCCUUAGCUUGCCCAUUCUGCACAUAUUCACUCCCUUCCCCACGUAGAGGUCCUUUAGUUCUAGAGGUCAGCAGGGAUUGAGCUGUACAGGGUGGAUAUGGCCAGGUUUCAGAGCCAAAGCAGCGCACUUUGAACCAUCUUUGGGUAUGUGCUCUUGCAAGCCCUCUAGGACUGGAGGUACUUGUGGCGUGGGUGGUGCUGAGGGGGUUAUUAAAGCAAGUGAGUGUUGGUGGCAUGUUUGCCUGAGGGUGGUUUGAAGGAAGAAGCAAGAAAGAAGUGAAAGGUGCCUUCUUGUUCUUCUGAGGUUUGUUAGUAUCGACUGAUUGGGCUCUGUUAAUUAUCCCAUUCUGAAAACCUACAUGGAGUGGGUUGUUAGCAUCUGGUUUUGGCUUUUGAUUCUUUUUGCAACUUUACUGAGGAUGGUGCUACUUCAAAGAUUGAAUUUGAAAUCUCUUGGCUACUAUUUGGGCAAGCUCCUUUCUUUAAUUAGGAUCUGCACACAACUUGUUUUUCUCUUUAAAUCCAUAGUCUCAGGGUAGGUAUUUGCCUCCAUUAGCAGAACCCUCCUUGGUGGUAAAUAGUCAGUGUUGGUAAACAUGAUGCUGUUCCAGUAGUUUAUCUUCUUGCAGGGGGAGUGACUGGGCUUUGGCAGCCUGUGGCUCAUUUCUUGGCCCCGGGCAGAGUGGAAAGCACACAGCAACCAGAGUUGGGGGUGAAGCAGCUGCCUCUGAGCUUUGGGAAAGGUCAGGACUGGGAGAGCAGAACCCUGACAAACAACCAUGCACUAUAUGCUACUGAAGCUUCUCUACUUGUAUUUAUAAGCCAGCAUAUCCAUAUGCCUCAAUAAUCCAAUGCUCUCUGCCCCUUAAAGGUAUUGUAGAUCUGCCAUUACAUUUUUGCAGUGUUAACUAUAACAUUUAUUUAUAAAGCAAGGAGGUUUAACUUUUCUUGAGAUGUAAAGUGCAGAGUUAGUUUAGCUAUGUUCUAUUUUUUUUUUUUUUUCCUUUUGGCUGAAACCUGAACUAAACUGCAGGAAUGGAAUUUGUUAAUUUGUGAGCUGAUGAGCGCUCUUAACUUUAAAUAAUAAAACAAAAAAUGGCUGCUAGAA